AUGUUAGAUCAGGAUGCUACCGCCGGUGAAGUUCAUGAUUUGGACGCUAUUAUCUCAGUUGAAAUUCCAAAUCAACAAUUGGACCCAGACUAUUACAAGGUCGUUGCUGAGUAUAAGAUUCACGGUCCAUGUGGUGUUGCAAGGUCAAAUUCACCGUGUAUGGUAGCUGGAAAGUGUUCGAAGUUUUUCCCCAAGAAAUUUGUUGACAAGUCAAGCUUUGAUGAAGAGGGUUGCCCAUCACGCUCAAUAAAGUAUUUGUUCAAAUACGUUAACAAAGGUCAUGAUAGGGUGACUGCAGAAUUUUACAAGGCAAAUGUAGAUGAUGAUGGCGUCAAAGUUGUGGAUGAGAUAAACAUGUAUUACGACUGUAGGUAUAUCUCCCCAUGUGAGGCUGCAUGGCGCAUCUUUGGAUUUGAGAUUCAGCAUAAAAAUCCUUCUGUAGAGCGUUUGAGUUUUCAUUUACCUUGUCAACAAAUAGUGGUUUUUGGAGACGAUAAUGCAAUGGAUGAUCUUAUUAACCGCCUGACUGUUGCACAUAGCAUGUUUCUUGAAUGGUUUGAAUGCAAUAAGAAAUACCCAGAUGCAAGGUGUUUAACCUAUGCUGAAAUGCCAAACAAAUUUGUGUGGAAAAAAGAUGUAAGACAAUGGCAUCCGCGCAAAAAAGGUUUUGCCAUUGAGAGAGUUUUCUAUGUACCACCAGGCACCGAGGAAAUAUAUUACCUAAGAUGUUUACUAAACACCAUCCGUGGGGCUACAUGCUUUGAAGAUUUGAGAAAUGUUCACGGUCAACAAUAUGAAUCUUAUAAGGAAGCAUGUUAUGCGCUCGAUUUGUUAGACGAUGACCGAGAAUAUGUUGAUGUUAUUAAUGAAGCAAGUGAAUGGGCAUUUGCUCAUGCUCUAAGAAAAUUGUUUGUAACGCUACUUACCUCUAACUCAAUUUCAAAGCCUGAGAUGGUAUGGGAGGCGGUAUGGCAUCACUUGGCUGACGAUGGGCUAAUUGUGAAUGAAGCAGAUAAAAAGAAUUAUGCGCUGAAUGAGAUAGAAGAAUUGUUAUCCCUUUGGGGUAGAAGAUUGCAAGACUUCCCUAAUAUGCCAAUACCCAACAACAAUGAAACUCGGAUGACAUCUAAUAGGCUAAUAUAUGAAGAGUUGUCCUAUGAUUGCCAAGCUCAAAGAGUUGAGAAUGAAGAAUUAGUUCGGCAACUAACGGAUGAACUACAAAACAUCUAUAACACAAUUCUUGGUGAUGUUGAGCCAAAGGCUGGAGGAUUAUUUUUUGUAUAUGGUUACGGUGGGACAGGAAAGGCAUUUCUUUGGAGAGCGCUGUAUAGCAUCGUUAUUGAUUCCAGGCGGACGUACAACACACUCAACAUUUGUCAUUCCAAUCAACAUAAAUGA